AUGACAACUCAGGGACAGAUCUACACCGAUUGGGUGAACCGAUAUUUAUCAAAAGCGCCAAACUACAAACCGAUCGACGACAUCUCAAACGAACUACGUGAUUACCGCUUGGUAGCGAAAUUGAUCCAAGUUGUCGUACUGGACCGUGUUGAAAGUAUGAGGGCGUGUGCUUGCACGGAAGAGAUCGUCCGUCUCUCAACUGAUGAUGAUGGCUACAUUUGCCUUUUCCCAACCGUCGGUCCCACGAAAUCUUUGAAAAGGGACUACCAGGACCAACUAUCACUUUGGAAACAUUAG